UACUUCUGUGAUGUUGGACCUUUGUUCUUAAAAGGAUGAGCCAUGAGUAACAUAUCAAUGACAGCGUCGCUGAUCUUGUCUCUAUGGUUGAUGGAAGCAGGUGCUUUUACGAUUGUGAGCAUCCCUCCAACGAGGUCGCCCUUUCGAAGUGUUGGCGGAUCGGACAAGGUGACAACAUCAUCAUCGCCACCACUGAUAAUGACAACCAGAAGAACGAGAAAGGGGUCGUCACCUGCCGUUGGAAUGGCAAGCAAGAAGCAGUCUAAUGAUGAUAAGGUUCUGCUAUUUUCCUUGCUGGAUAAAGUGGGCAAGAUUGCUACGUCACCAACUCCCUUUCUGGACAACCUUCCGUUGGGGUAUCCUUUGGCCAUGCUACUGUUGGUGGCGACAAACCUACUCGAUCCUGUAUCCACUGUUCUUUUCGUUCUCUUGUUUGGAACGUUUCGGUUCGUGGGAGGGACUUUCCAAGAAGACGAAGAGGACGAUCCUUCUGAUUCACCACCCAUCGACUUGUUGGCAUUUGUGGCCGCCCUUCUCUCCUCGUUGCUUUUGGCGCCAUCCGACAUAACAACCACAACAAUUAUUGUUGAUAAUACAACUUCAGGCAUUGGAGCAGUCCAAAUAGGGGGGAUAAUUGCUGCUGUGACUCUUGUUGCUGGUUCAACUCUAUUGAGCAGCGAUGAUGAAGAAGCAAAGAUCCCACCAAAGGUCCCGAAAUCUGCGGAACAAGAACGCAUGGAUCAAUGGGAUGAUGAAUUCCGGCGAGCAGCCACAGCAGCACCCAAAGAAGAUCAAUCCAAACACGACAAAGAAUAAAGGAACCUGACAAACCAAAUACUGGUAAUUGGGUUGGAAUCGACAAUGCAGUAUCAACAGAACACGGAACCAGCUGAUUUCAAAGUCAACAGUGUGCAAAUCAUGUGUUGGCUGCGCCUCUCAUUUGGAUGUGGUUGUUCCCAAUCCACCGAGAAGGAAUGAGGCGAGCAAGAUACGAAUCGACGAAUCAUAAUACAUAACUUUCGUUGGUCUACGGGAUCCGAUGAUAGAUCCUCCGAACAUCGACAAGGCGAUCAGAGGGCGGCCCCAACAGACGUAACACGCAAUGUAAAAACGAAUGC